UAGUGGAGCUGUGCAGCCCUAACGCGGCGCGGAUCAAUGUCCGACCACCGCGGGCCGGCCUCGCCUCGGACGGGGAAGCACCCCUACUACCGCGGCAUCCGGAGCCGCAGCGGCAAGUGGGUGUCGGAGAUCCGGGAGCCGAGGAAGACGCGCCGCAUCUGGCUCGGCACCUUCCCGACGGCCGAGAUGGCCGCCGUGGCCUACGACGUGGCCGCGCGCGCGCUGCGCGGUCCCGACACGGCGCUCAACUUCCCGGACCUGGCCGCGUCGCGCCCCGCGCCAGCGUCCACCUCCGCGGACGACAUCCGCGCCGCCGCCGCGGAGGCCGCCGCGGCGCUGCAGGAGCCCGAUCGCCACUCGGCCCAAGGCGGCGGCAUUGCUCCCGCUGCGGCCGGUGGGACGGCGCAGCAGCAGCCCGGCGGGAGCAGCGCCGCGGCACAUCAGCAGGAAGGCAGCAGCAGCGCGGGGAGCCAGUACUACCUGGACGAGGAGGCCCUCUUCGAGACGCCGCAGUACCUGCGCAACAUGGCCGCCGGUAUGAUGAUGAGCCCCCCGAGGCUCGGCCGCAACUCGUCCGACGACUCGCCGGACCCGUCGGAGGCCGGGGACAGCCUCUGGAGCUACCGUGAUCCGUAGAUCGAUACCGGCAGCUACUACGCGCUACUGAACCUGGAAGCUUGAAAUGAUAUGGAGAGAAGGACGGAGGGCGAGAGGUGCCCCGGCCGUGGAGCACUGUUUUUUUUCUUUCUAUCCAGUCCAGCCGCCAUGUGUGCCGGGGGAUAGCUUUUCAGUCCUCCGCCGGAAGAUGCAGUGUAUCUUUCCUUCUCCUUUACCCCUCGAUGUGUGUGUUUCUGCUGUGAAGCCAGAAGGCCGACCGGGAAGGUCUUCCUUUUCCACUCAAUUCGACUUGGCUCUAGCUAGCUAGUACUACCUCGCUAUUUGGCCGUUGCAGUACAUAUGAAAGUAUGAAACUGCAAAGGUACACAUAUAUAUGCAUGUAUGUACAGUUACUUGGAAUGCCAAGUGGGGAGUACGUCCUGAGGGGACGACCUGGUGUAUUGCAUGAGCAGAUGCCGUUGUGUAAAGCUUGUAUUGUUCGAAUUAAUCGGUAAUCUCUGUUGGUGGAUAAGCUAUAAGAUGUGCGCGCAGCGCAUCGCUGUCCACCUUUAUAUUGCCAUCACUAAACACUUUCUGUUUCUACAAA